CGGAUCGGGACGAGACUUCAGAGCGCUUAAGGAGGACUGGGAAGCGGAUCCUGUUUGUUUUCGUAGAGAAAAUGGUUUCUCUCUCCGCUUUCAGCCUCACCUGCGGACUCCUGGUCCUCCUGUGUUCCGGCCUCGCGGCGCUCGCGGCCUCGGACGUGUUUGAAACCGUUCUGGGGAGCACCGCGUCCUGCCGCGGCUCCUGUGAAAUGACCUAUAGUCUGCAUACGUACCCGCGGGAGGAGGAGCUGUACGCCUGCCGGAGGGGCUGCCGCCUCUUCUCCAUCUGCCAGUUCGUUCGUGACGGCGGGGAUCUGAACCGGACCAAGUCCGAAUGUGAAGCCACCUGCCAGGAGGCCUACAGCCAGUCCGAGGAGCAGUUUGCCUGCAGCCUGGGCUGCCAGAACCAGCUUCCGUUCGCAGAGCAGAGGCACGAGCAGCUGGAGAUCAUGGUGCCCAGGAUCCACCUCCUGUACCCCCUCACGCUGGUCAGAGGCUUCUGGGAUGACGUCAUGAGUCAGGCCCACAGCCUCAUCACCUCCACCUGGACCUUUUACCUCCAGGCUGAUGAUGGAAAAGUGGUCAUUUUCCAGGCUGAACCUCAGGUGAAGGUUUUCCCCUGGUUUGGUCCGGACAGCAGAGCUGAAGACGACCUGCAGCAGAUCUCUCCCGGACUCGGCAGACCCGUCUACAGGGAAUACGACCGCGCACUCAUCCAGGAGCGAGACAGAGACGUGACCGGCGUCCAGAGCUUCUACGACGAAUACAACCUCUUCAGCUGUCUCUCAAGGAACCCCUGGCUGCCUGGAUGGAUCCUGACCACCACUCUGGUCCUGUCGGUGUUGGUCCUCGUUUGGAUCUGCUGUGCUACCGUGGCGACGGCUGUGGACCAGUAUGUUCCUUCAGAGAAACUCAGCAUCUAUGGAGACAGCGAGCAUCUCCCAGAGAAGAAGCUGACCCCUUACCCAGCAUCCUCUCUGCUCAUCAUCACCUCCAAAGGGCUGGAUGAAAAGGCAGGACCCCUCCCUACCAAGGUGGACCUGAACCGGUCCAGCAUUUAGACGCUGCUGUGCAGAAGAGAACGUGGUUGAUUUGAAACUUCUGCUCUAACCCUGCAGUGCUGAUGGCUGUUUUCUAUCGAGUGUCUUUCCUCCAUCUCACCUUCAGGGAAACAAACGUGUUUUUAUAUGAUUGAGGCAUUAGGACAUGGUGGUGGACGUGAAGACGGUUUUUCAUUGUUAGCUCCCUGCUUUAUUUUAUUUCUAUUAAAGGUUUGAAUUCUGACAUGUUUCCUCCUGCUCAGUAAAACCUGCUUAUGGAUGUGGCUCUGAAGAUCUCCAUGUGGACGGUACAGAGAGGAACGCUCUCCGGCUUCAGUGUUCUCUUAAUGACGAGUCAGAAUAAACAUGACAGUCUCUGUUCUGAUUUUAUUCCUUUAAAAACAUCUCGGAAGAAGCAUUCCUUCAGCAGCGACUCGGCUGCGUUUCCCCCAGUCCGUGUUUGUGACUCGGAUCUAAAGGUUCAUUUAUGGCAGUGGUUCCUGGUUUCUAUCCUUUCGGAUCUCCUGCCGUUAAGCUGCAAUAAUAAAAUGACAACGGUCCAACA